AUGGAAUCCUAUAGCACUUUAAUUGUUAUAAUCAUAUCUCUUGGGAUGGCAUCGUUGACUAGAAAUAAAGUAUUCAAAAAUUGGCUAGUUUCCAAAAUAGAAAAGUCGAUAAAUAACCUCCAAAUAUAUCCUUCUGUUUCAGCAAAUUUCAAACUUACAGAGUCCAAAUAUUUCACCAAGCAGCAGUCUUUGAAAGAGAUUGCCUCCUCUUUGGUUAGUUUGAAUGAAUUCAAAAUUAGGGCCGUAAGGCAAAAUGCGGUUAUAUAUCAUAGGGCAACGAAACUACCUAAUGAUCUAAUAGAGCAGCUUUAUGCUAUCAACUACUUUCAUAAAAUAAGUGAAGUAGAUAAAUCUAUUGUAUUGAAUUAUAACACUUUGAGUAAAGUGGUGGAGUUUACUUUAAAGCAAUUGAUUAUCAAUAAUGAAUUUAAUUCAACGAUUGAAUCUAUAUUGAAAGAUACAGGUUAUACAUGGGACAACGAUACCAAAACUUUGAAGCAUGAUUCAAUAAACUCCAUUCAAAUAUCAAAAAAUAGUAACCAAAGUCGUGUCAAUGAAGCUAUGUGUCAUAUUGUAAGAGAUUGGAGCGAUAAAUUCGAUAUUGAACGUAAGCCACUUAUUGAUUAUAUCCAGAAGUCUUUGAAUAAUUGUCAAGUAGAUAAAGACACCUUGAUUAUUGUUCCAGGUUCUGGGUGUGGAAGGAUUGCCUACGAAAUAUCCCUUAAGUUUCCUCAAGCAUCAGUUGAUUCCAUUGAGUAUUCCCCUCUAAUGUACUUGUGCAACGAAUUUGUUCUUGGUGGGACUGAAGAAAUAGACAUAAGUCCAUUCUAUCAAUACUAUAGUGGACAACAGGAGACAAAAAAUCAGACCCGAAAAUACCACAUUAAUUUAAACACUUUUAAAAAGCCCGACAACCUAACUGUGCAUUUUGGUGACUUUUGUUGUUAUAAACCUGAUAAGAAGUAUAAAAACAUUGUAAUAUGUUCAGCGUUUUUCAUAGAUACAGCGGAAAAUCUGUUUGAAUACUUUAGUUCAAUUGAGAAUCUCUCUAAAUUCAGCAACAUGCCUUUGCAUUGGAUAAACAUAGGUCCUUUAAAGUAUGGGACCAAACCUCUUGUACAACUGACAUUUGGAGAAUUAACAAAAUUGCGUAAUAUUCGUGGGUGGAAAGAUCAUUCAAAUGAAGUGAACAUAAAAGAUUUGAAUGGAUAUCUAACAGACUAUGAAUCACUAUACCAAGGAUUUUAUGGUUUAGUCAAGUUUCAUUCCGAGUUGAAAAAAUAG